AUGGCUGCCGGUGGUGGUGUCGCCGCCGCUGGCGAGGGGCUUCGCUACGCCGAGUACUCGCCACCCUCCGCCAAACGGCCAGAUGCGGAUAUUGAUCAAGGACUGGCAAGAAGUUUGAUAGCUGUUGGACUGGGUGUUGCAGCCUUCGCAUUUGCAGGUCGCUAUGCAUUUCAGAUCUGGAAACCUCUAGAACAUGUCAUCACAGAAACGGCAAAGAAGAUUUCAAACCCUAGCCUUUCAUCCUACUAUAAAGGAGGAUUUGAGCAGAAAAUGAGUAGGCGAGAAGCUAGUCUUAUUUUAGGUAUAAGUCCAUCUGCUGGCAAGGCCAAAAUUAGAACAGCCCACAGGAGAAUCAUGAUUUUGAACCAUCCAGAUAAAGGCGGAUCUCCUUACUUAGCAACCAAAAUAAAUGAAGCUAAAGACUUGCUAGAAUCAAGUACCAAACAUUAA